GUUUGCAAUAGUAACAGUCCAUACUUGAUCUAGAAGACCCAGAAUUACUAGCUUCCUAUCUUGCCCAAUUACAUGUCUUCUAUGCUAUAUAAAUACCUAAUCGAAGCUGAAGCUACCAUCAUGUUUCUACCAUUAUAUUUACUGCUUUAUGGUGGCAAAUCAGAAUCAGUACACAACUUGCCAGAAAAAUCAUUCAUGGCAGUGAAGGAAACCAACACAAGCCAAAACAGUCAGCAGCAGCAACAACAAGUUUGUGAUCCUUGCAAGUCUUUUGGCCAAAAGUGCAGCCACCUUGUCAAGAAGCAGCGUGCAAAAUUCUACAUUCUUCGCCGUUGCAUCGCCAUGCUUUUGUGUUGGCAUGAGCGUGGAGAGCACUGAGCCAAGGCU